AUGGAGCCAGACUUGUCUUCCGAAUCAGCUAAUUGGGUGCUUCCAUCUCAACCAGUGACUUUUACAUCAGCGUUGCCGACUUAUGAAGAUAAUUUACCACAUCGAGUCAACCGAGAAGGCGUUCGAAAUUACAUUAAGAGUCGUGGAACGUUAAAUAUCGGUGAUUGGGCUAUUGAAGGUCGAAGACCAGCAACACCGAGAGUGACAAAUGAAACAAAUAUUCAAGAACGAAAUCCUCUCGAAGCACCAGGACCGAAAGUAAUCGGACCGGAUGCAUUGAGAAAUUAUACGAAAAAUCGUAGUUCGACACCGAAUUUGAUCUAUGGGAAUCUCCAACCACCUGAUCCGCACCAUCAAUUACGCGUAAAACGAGAGGGUCGCGUUAAUUACGAAAAAAAUCUUUCAACACAAAUGAAAUCAUUGUUUCAUAAUUAUGGAAAGAUGCCAUUACCCGAUCAACGAGUACCACAUACUCAAGGCGAAUUAGCAACGAAUCUUUUCUAUUCUCAUCAAGAAGGCCGUGUUGGUCCGAUUCUGAAUAAUUAUGGCGGCGACGACGACGAACGUUCGCCACGACCCGUACCACAUGUCAAAGGUUUCGCUGCUGAAAACAAUCUUCAAAAAGGUUACGGUGAUUCGCAAAUUCUCGAACAUAAAGCCGACUAUCGACCACGAACAGCUGAUCCUCAUGUUAAAGGUGAACAAGCUCAAUUAAACUAUGACGCCGGACUCGGUCGUCAUGUCGAUAAACUUCUCAAUGAAUACGGAAAACUUCCUCAAUCAGCUCGUGCUGUGCCCAAAGUGCGAUACGGUGGUGUCGAUGUUCUUGAAAAGAGCCAAGGUGCUGGUAUGCGCAAAGCAAUCUCACAAUGUCCACCAUCUAAUCGCUAUCUCGAACGUCCAGUACCAGUUUUGCCUUAA